CAAAGUUGGGGGGUGUUGCUGGGUUUAUUGGGGCACUCCUGUAAUCCUAGCCAUUGGAAGAUGAAGGCAGGAAAAUCAGGAGUUCCAGGACAGUCUUGGCUACCUAACAAGUUCAAGUGGACUCCCAGGGACCACUGCCACUCUCUUAACCCAAAAUCAAAUAGUUAGGAAGUCAACCUCUCCGUCCUUAUGCUGUAUUUACGCCUUUACUAUCCAAAGCUGUUGAUAGGAUUCUUUGACUUUGUACAUCGGGCGAAACACUUCCAGGGAUGAUGCCUGGCACUGCAGGUUUUCUAACCGAUGCGUCCCUCCAGUCUGGUCGCACGCAGUGAUGCAGGGACCAACAGAGAGCUGGAUGGAGCAGGGCGGAGCUGCGAAGGGAUGAGGGCGGGGAGGCGGGGCGAGCGCUCAGACGGAAGGUGGGGAGGGUGGUGCCCUGGGCGGGGAAAGGUGGCAGGGGCGGGCUCGGCCGAGGCUCCCGGCUCAGGUGGGCGGCGCGGCCCAGGUGCGCCGGCCCGCAGCCGCUCCGCCCUCCUCCCAGGGGCGUCUCCCGCCCGCACGCCCGCCCGCACGUCCGGGUGACGACCGUUAGUCCCGCCCGCAGCAGACGGCUCGGCAGCUCCGGUGGGGGGGCAUCUCUGGUCUCUAGUCGGGAGAUUCCCCCAGGUCCAAGACUGGCUGGAGAGAGGCCGGAGAGUGCGGCUGCUGCGGGGCGGAGAGAUUCCGAGCGACUUGACCUUCCCAGCCGCUGCCCCUCCUGAAGCCGUCCCGGCGCUGCUCCGGGCUCCGUUAAUUGUUGAGGUUUUUCUCUUAAGUGGUGGUACCUCGGCAUGAACUUUAAAGGCAAAGAUGACAGACUUUGUUGUUUGGAAGCCUACCUUACUUUGACAUGUCUUAAGAACUCAAGGUUGACUGGUGUUGCUUGGCUGCACAUCACAAAGGAAGAAUAAACUUGUAUCUACUUGGUAAAAACAGAGAGCUUGAAGAUAUCCCAAAGGCACUCAGCCAGCCACAGAGCAGGAAGCAAUAUGGACUCCUCUGCUGUCACUGUCAAGGGUCUCAGCCUCAUAGACUUUUGUUCCACAUCCUCCUUUAAAUAUAGGGGCCAUCACGAGCUGUCAGAAUCUUGCAGCCUUAAUAAGAAAGAAGAAGAGCCUAUGCUAACCUGUGAGCAUCCUGAAACUCCAAGUUUAGGUUCCCCCAAUUCUGCAGUAUCUCCCAGUCAAAUAAUGAAGUCUGUGUCCCUAAGGAAGGAAAAGGAUAAAAGCCCAGAACUUUGUGAGACUCCUAAACUCAGAAGGAAAAAAUGCACAUUACGCAGGCGGCUAGACUUUUCUUUCCCUCUUCUGAAGGGGGAUUCUGAUUCACAAAGCAGAUCUCUGGAAAGUAACAUAAGCCAAGGUGUUAGCCUAGAAAAACAUUUGCCAGGUAGCACUUCAGGUUUCCCAAAGGAAGACAACUUUAGCCCAUUAGUUACCAGCACGAUAAAAACAGAGGAUGUGGUUUCCAACAGUCAGAACUCAAGGUUACAUUUUUCUCAGCACAAGACUUCCACCAUUGAAGAUUCCAAAGACAACUGUGGCUUGUUUGAAGUGGAAUGUCUGUCUCCAAUUGAAGGCAAUGAUUUUAAAGAUUCUAUCACACACUUUAGUGACAGCAGUUUAAGUGUUAGUGAUGAGAAUACAUGUCCUGAACUUCUGGGCUCCUGUGGUAGCCAAACAACCUAUGGAGCAGAUGUGACUACAUCUGUAACUCCAGUAAGUAGUCUCAUAGCAAAAAUCAAAUUUAAUGGAAACCAAACUCUUGAUUCUUCAGGAGAGGUGAGAGACAGUCUUUUUACACCUGAAGACAGUGGCUUUUGCUCACUUAGCUGGGACAAAUCAGAAGAUUUCCUCUCUGACCAAGAGGGCUCUUUUCAAGAACUGCUUCAAAAACACAGGGUGACUCCCAAAGUUGGGGACCAGGUAAAAAAGCCAAAGCAUUUUGGGAGGUUGAGAAGACUGUCCACUCUCCAGGAGCAAGGCUCCCAGUCAGAGGAUGAAAUGCAGACGGUCCAUCCUAACUCUGAUUCAGGUGUCUUGGAGAGUCUGCAAGGCUCUGAGGAGAAGCGUGGGAACUUGGCUUUAAGCUUUAAGGACUUAUCAAAUACUCCAGCCCUGCAGUUGGUGCAGGAGCUCUUUAUGAAAAGCAAAAGGAAACGAUCUCAGCAGGAAGAUGACCAGGAAUUCUUUGAGGACAGGGACGAGGGGAAAAUUGCCAGACUGCAGCGUGUUCUCGCAGGACUGAUUGGCAAGAAGAUGGGCAUAGAACAGCUGGAUAUCCUGACCGAAUUACAGUAUAGAAACUUGAAGCACAUCCUAGCUAUGGUUUUAGAGUCCUUGACUUCGGAGAGUUUAUACAGUGCUUGGAACGUCAGCAGAAACUGGCGUGAAAUUGUGGCUCAGGAUAAAAAGGCAAACAGGAGGAGGAAACUUUAUAUCAUACAGCUGAGAGCAAGUGCUCAGGGGGCCGCUGUGUUACGUGUUCAGGAUGCUGCCACUCGGCUCUGCCUUCUGAGUCGCUUGGCCUUAAGAUCAGUGCAGGCACAGGCACAGGCACCCAGUGGUGAGCAGGUUCCAACUCUGUCCCCUUGGGGGGAUGUUCUGACACCUGUAGCAAGCUCUUCCCUCACCCACCUACGGAGUAAACAGGAACAGUAUGUGAAGGUUGCCAGGACACUGUUUACUGAUGAAGCUUUAAAGCCUUGCCCGAGGUGCCAAUCCCCUGCUAAGUACCAGCCGCACAAGAAAAGGGGGCUAUGCAGCCGCCUGGCCUGCGGCUUUGACUUCUGUGUGUUAUGUCUGUGCGCUUAUCACGGGUCUGAAGACUGUAGAAGAGGGUCAGCAAAGGCGAGAGGUAGCAAAGAUGUUCUCCCAGGGAGUGCCCAAAGCAAGCGGAACUUAAAACGCCUCUGAAGAGACUAAGGAACCACUCGCGCUGGCCCAUGUUCUGUCUGACUUAAAAUUAUGACUAUUUUGAACACAUGCAAAUCUUCCCAUUGAUGACAGACGUUGAUUUACUUCCCACUUUGUUUGUUAUAAUGCACACCAUUGUAUAUUUUCUUUAAAGUGAUGAAUUUUGAAAGAAUUUUAUUUUACUAUGUCAUAUCCCCAUUUUAAAUAUUUUGAUGUUUUAAAUAAAGAAUUUUCAGGGUUGUUAUAUAUGUGUGUUUUAUUGCUCCAUGUAACCUUUUAAAUUUGUGCAUUUCAUAACAAUGUGUUGAAAUGUUCUUCAAUUAUUUAAAAAAUAAUUUCCAAAUAAUUUGAAUAAUUUGAAUUUGAGGUCAGUGAACUUUCAGGUUUAGAAAAUGAGUUGAUGGCUGAAAUUAAAUAUAAAUAAAAUGUUUUUAAAAGUUCCAUCAAAUGUAAUCUAUAAUUUCAACCUUCCUCUUACUUGAUAUUUUAGUAGACUUUUUGUUUAGUAAAAUUUACAUACUAAUAAAUGUCAGUUACGGUGACUGUGUAGUUACUUAUAAUGGGAAUUUUAUUUAAUAAACUCCUAUAAGUCACACAUUUUUUUUUUUUUUUCGAGACAGGGUUUCUCUGUUUAGCUCUGGCUGUCCUGGAACUCACUUUGUAGACCAGGCUGGCCUCAAACUCAGAAAUCCGCUUGCCUCUGCCUCCCAAGUGCUGGGAUUAAAGGCGUGUGCCACCACGCCCGGCAAGUCACACAUUUCUAAUUAAGUACUUUAAAAAUCUGGAAUUAUAGUAACAGAUUCUGAUAUUUUAAAAGAUUUGGGCUGGGCAGAAAUGAUGGGUUUUGAAUGGGAAAAAUAUGAAGUUAUUAAUAAUGGCCAUUAUAAUUUGUAUGUGUUUGUAAUGUGCCUUUUUCCAAGAGGGAUUUGGGAAUGAGUGAGCUCUGUUAUAGAUCAGUGGCAAAAAGAGCUAAGUUUUUUUUAUUGCUGAAAAAAGUGUAAGAGAGGACUCUUGUUUUGCUUUUGGGUUUUUUGUUUUGUUUUUGUCAUCAUUUCGUCAUUGUUGUUACUGUUGUUUUGUUUUGAAGACAGGGUCUCACUAUGUAGCUCUAGGUCUCCUGAAGUCACUAUGUAUACCAGGCUGGCCUUGAACACACAGAAGUCCACCUGCCUCCUGAGCUGGGGUCAGAGUCCUGCACCACUACAUCAGGCCUCAAGAAGGAAACUUCUAAAUGAUGAUUUAUUUAUUUUUAUCUUAUGCAUAUUGGUGUUUUGUCUGCAUUUAUGUGUGGGUAUUAGAUCCUUUGGAGCUGGAGUUAGAGACAGUUGUGAACUGUCAUGUGGAUGCUGGGAACUGAACCCGAGUUUUUCAGACCAACAGCCAGUGCUCUUAACCACUGAGCCAUCUCUCCAGACCCAUACGAGGGAAACUGACAACACACUUGUAUUUUGUAUAUGUAGGUGAUUGCUGUAUAUAUGUGUUUUUAUACUAUACACACAUAUUUCAAUGUAGCUCUGAACACAUUAUUUUAAGAAAGUGGUUAAAAUUAAAACUAAUAAUUAAAUUUAAAAUUUACAUAUUUUC